AUGAAAAAGUCCGAGGAGAAGCUUCAGGACUCUGUAGAUCGACGUCAGGCGGAGGUGCGAGGUGCUCUGGACCGCCUGGAGGCCAAACUCAACGAUGCUGGAGAACUACUGACGGAGGAGAGGAUCUCCAUAUUGUCCCUGCCUCCAAGCACACUCCUUCACAGGCUCAGGGAUGGUCAGCUUGCCCCAACACACGUGCUCAGGGCCUUCCAGGCCAAGGUUAGUCUCUUCCAGGUCAAGGUCAGUCUCUUCCAGGUCAAGGUCAGUCUCUUCCAGGCCAAGGUCAGUCUCUUCCAAGCCAAGGUCAGUCUCUUCCAGGCCAAUGUCAGUCUCUUCCAGGUCAAGGUCAGUGUCUUCCAGGCCAAGGUCGGUCUCUUCCAGGCCAAGGUCAGUCUCUUCCAGGUCAAGGUCAGUCUCUUCCAGGUCAAGGUCAGUCUCUUCCAAGCCAAGAUCAGUCUCUUCCAGGCGAAGGUCAGUGUCUUCCAGGUCAAGGUCAGUCUCUUCCAGGCCAAGGUCAGUGUCUUCCAGGCCAAGGUCAGUCUCUUCCAGGCCAAGGUCAGUGUCUUCCAGGCCAUGGUCAGUGUCUUCCAGGCCAAGGUCAGCCUCUUCCAGGUCAAGGAGUGGGCGACGGAGCUGGAGGCGGCGCCGCCAGAGACCAGAACCCUGCCGCUCUUCGGGUUGCCAGUGAGUUUGAAGGAUACCAUCGACGUGGAGGGGCGGGACUCGACCAUGGGUCUUGCCAAGAGGUUGUACCGUCCAGCCCUCUGCCACGCUGCUGUGGUCCAGGCUCUUCGUGCCCAGGGGGCUGUCCCUUUCUGCAAGACCAACGUAUCGCAGCUGUGUGUCAGUUACGGCUGUAGUAACCCAGUGUGGGGAGUCACUCUUAACCCAGCCAACACCCAGCGCACCUGUGGUGGAUCAUCAGGUGGGGAGGGUGCGCUGGUGGGUGCUGGGGGCUCGCUGCUGGGGGUGGGCACUGACCUGGCGGGCAGCGUGAGGAUUCCUGCCCACUUUUGUGGCGUGGUGGGCAUCAAGACCACCUCGGGCAGGAUGAGCACCAGGGGCAUCGCAAGACCCAUCAACGCCGCCGGUGCUGGUGUUCUGCCAUCGAUGGGUCUGCUGGGUCGUGAUGUGGAAAUAGUGGUGGCAGGAAUGAGGGCACUGCUCGAAGCUGACUACAUGUUUCUGGCUGACCCCGCUAUGGCGCCCUUGUCGUGGCGACAGCACCUCUACACCGACGUCCGUCCAUUGCGCAUUGGCUGGUAUGACUUCGAUGGCGUGUUGCCUGCGACUCCUGGAUGCCGGAGAGCUGUGGCGGAGGCUCGGGAGGCCUUGCAGGCAGCAGGCCACGAGCUGGUAGCCUUCACGCCCCCAGAAGUGCGACGGGCAUGGGGCAUCAUGACCACCUGCAUCACUGCUGACAAAGGCCGCACCGUCAGCCGUCUACUGACAGGCGAGGUAGCUGACCCUUCCCUCGCCACCAGUAAGCUAAUGGCUCAACCUAAGCUUGUCAAGGCCGUCAAGAAGCGCAUUCUCCAGGGCAGGUCUCCAUUUAUGGCUCGCCUUUUAUCAAGUGAAGGUGUUAAGUCACACCAGCUGUGGCAAGCACUGGAGGAGAAGCAAGUGUAUGUGGAACAACUGACGGAGGCCUGGAGGAAAGCUCGUCUCGACCUCCUGCUGGCUCCUGCCUUCUCCAUGCCUGCACCACCACUCAACUGCCCCACUAACACCACAGCGGCCUUGAUCACCACUUGCCUCUACAACUUCUGCGACUUUCCCUCUGGUGUUGUUCCAGUCACCCACGAGAACGAGGACGACCAGGCCAAGCUGAACGACUACCCCACUGCGACUUACUCUUAUAGGGAAAGGAGGACGCUACAGAAUAUUUUAGAUUCAUCUGUAACUAAAGUUUAG